AUGGUCGCCUCACAAGCAGGAUAUCAUGCGCUGAUCCAAGGGUUGAAGACAUGGACGCUCAUCAAGCGUAAUGUCGCUAGCGGGAGGUCUGCUCGCCACGUGAACAGUAUCAUAGACUGCCUGUACGAUGCCAUAGACUCGUACGAGAGUUUGGCCGAGCUACCCAGGGGAAGGAUUGGGGCAGCAAGCAGACAGCGCAACUCGGUCUCAAUGUCCUGCGAUUCGCUGAGUGGUGACUCGUUCUUCUCGUACGAUGAAGCGGAAACUUUGUCUCUCAUUGGCGAUCAACUCGGAGACACCCUAGACUCCCAGCACGGCGGCUACGAUACCCCACUCGAACUCAGAGAUCUUCCGGCCCUGACCCAAACCGAAGAGGACAGGGCCGCCACAGGGCAAACAUCCACCCACACUGUCACGCCUACUCGUCUCUCCCCCGAAACUCUAGCGCUUGCCACAGCACAAUCACUGGCAGCGGAAGAUGAAGGGGUUGUGGUGCAUGGAGGGGUGCAGCUAGUGGAGAGUACCGGAGUUGAUGAGGCUGGUGCGGAUAUGGUCAAUGAUAAGUUGGCUGAUAUUCGUCAACCGCUGGUGCAGAGUGCCAAACUGCGUGCGGAUGAGGCUAUAGGUGCUAAUAGCGCUGCAGCUGUGGUUAAAGGCGAAUGUUUGCCCUCCGAUAGGUGUAUGUGGAAGUAUUUAUUAUUAUUAUGA